CCACGCCUACAUGGACGUCACGACCAACCUUCCACAGGUGUCCACUGUCUGGUCGAUAUCUGGUCGAGGGCGCAGCAUCGUCCAUACUCAGGAACCCUCAUGCUCCAGCGUGGCCGUGGAGGAAAAACAAAAAAGUUUCACGAGUCUAUUCCAUUGUGGACGUAGGCAAGCCCCGCGGUUUUAGCAGGGGAAGUCGGGGGAGGGGAGCCACCACCGUGGAUAGGGAGUCCGCGGCGGAGCUGCCACCGAGCCCUGCGGGAUGUCGGCGGUAAAGGCUCUCCAGCAGUGGUGCCGGGUCCAGUGUGAUGGCUACCGGGAUGUGACUGUCACUAACAUGACCACGUCGUUCCGCGACGGCCUGGCUUUCUGUGCCAUCAUUCACAAACACAGACCGGAUCUCAUCGAUUUCGACUCAUUAAAGAAAGAAAAUGUCUACGAGAACAACAACCUGGCUUUUCGGGUCGCCGAGGAGCAGCUGGGAAUUCCUGCUCUCUUGGAUGCGGAAGACAUGGUGGCGCUCAAAGUUCCGGACCGCCUCAGUAUCCUCACAUACGUCUCGCAGUACUACAACUACUUCCACGGACGCUCCCCAAUUGGUGGUGUGGCGGCGGUAAAGCGUCCCGCCGAGCCACUCGCCGAUGGGCCGUCCGGGAAAAAGAACGCGCCGGUGAUGUCGAAGGUGUUCCCUUCAUCCAAGCCUGCCAAGGAGAACAACCCACCGUCUUUAGCGAACAUCGCAGCACCUCUCCCCCGCCCGAGACAACCCAGAACCGUUCGACAGGACGUGUCUGCUGAGAAAUCCAACGAAAUAGGAACUCUGAGUAACAAGUGUGUGUCCUGCAACAAACACGUUCAUCUGGUGCAACGACACCUAAUUGACGGGAAGCUCUACCACAGGAACUGCGCAAGGUUACUGGCCCCUCCAAUCAUAAGUUCACACCUAAGGGAUGCUCCUUCGAGUGUUCCUCCUUCGACAGGCCUCACCAAAAGCAACACUGUGACGGUGACGCCUACGGCGCCACCCAGACUGGGCCCCUCAUCGCUAGUCCAGAAACCCAGCCCGCUAUCCAAGAUCUCUGGCAGAACUUCAUCUCCUAAUAGGCCUGCUUCAAACCCCCAGAAACCAAGCCCCCCAUCCAGCAUUUCCGGCAGAACUUCAUCUCCUAAUAGGCCGGCUUCAAACUCCCAGAAACCAAGCCUCCCUUCCAGCAUCUCCGGCAGAGCUUCAUCUCCUAAUAGGCCUGCUUCAAACCCCCAGAAACCCAGCCCUCUCUCCAGCAUCUUCGGCAGAACUUCAUCUCCUAAUAGGCCUGCUUCAAACCCCCAGAAACCAAGCCCCCCUUCCAGCAUCUCCGGCAGAACUUCAUCUCCUAAUAGGCCUGCUUCAAACCCACAUAAAUCCAGCCCUCUUUCCAGCAUCUUUGGCAGAACUUCAUCUCCUAAUAGGCCUGCUUCAAACCCCCACAAACCAAGCCCCCCUUCCAGCAUCUCCGGCAGAACUUCCUCUCCGCAUAGAGCUGCUUCAAACCCCCACAAACCAAGCCCCCCUUCCAGUAUCUCUGGCAGAACUUCAUCUCCACAUAAAGCUGCUUUGAACCUCAUCAUGGCUGCUACGCAGAGUCCGACUUCUCCAGUCACUAACCGACCCAGUAUUCCCGACACAACUCUGACGACACCCGCUGCCAUCACCACCAAGCCCGUUGCAGCGCCUCGGACAUCUGCCACCGCGGCCAAGACCAUCCAGUCCAAAAUGAGGUUCUUUGAGGCAGAGCGCGACGACAAGAAACCCGCAACCAAGACUGCAGAUAUCGCCCCGAAAGAGUUCAAGUCUGAGGAUCCCGUUAAGAAAGCCCAAGGAGAUCAAUCUGUGCCGAGAAAUGUCCCCAAGGUGGUUAUAAUUCACACUAAGGUGGACGUUAACAACGACAAAGCGGGUGUGAAGACGCACGAUGAAAAUCAGGGUAGUAAUGUUGCAAUUGUAAAUAUUGCCAAUACGGGCAAAAGUCGAUUGCAGGAGCAUUUCGGUGAGGGCAAAGGAGGUAAUAAGAAACCUGGAGUCGGUGGGGAUGGUAAAGCAAAAGCGGCGGACACCGCGAAGAAACUCUCAAAAGAAGAAAACAACAAUAGUAAGCAAAUAGCAAAGGCAGAGCCGGCCAAGAAAAGGGAUUCAGCCACAACUCCGGUCCAGACUGGAACCAAGGAGACGGAGACGAGGAGGGGGAGGGUGAAGCUCAAAGUCAACCCGUCCAUCCUCUCCGACUUCCAGCCGCAGGGUUCCGACACGAGCCCACUCAGAGGCAGAACUCCAGAAAGAAGCCUCGGGGGCUCGAAACCAGCACCACCCAACACUUCAGAGACAGAGAUGCCCACCGACUGGAGGUCCAUGCUCAAACCUGUCCCUAAAGAGACAAAAUCGGAUGACACAGCUCAGUCCUCCACUGAAGUACCGUCUAAGAACGCCGGAGUCUCACAGUUGUCCGAGGUGUCUCUAAGACCCGUGAACCCUCCUUCAUCCCAAGGCAUCCGUAAUGGUGACCCCAUAAACACGACAACAUCGUCGGGAUCAAACGUCUUGAAGACGAAGCCCGACUUCAUUCCCAAAGAGGCCAUCAUGAAGGAGCUGAUGGAGAUCGAAGAUAAUCUCAACCAGUUGGAGAAGAGAGGGGUGGAGCUGGAGGCCAAACUCCGGCACAGCGAAGACGAAGGCGAGGAUGACUCCCUCAUGGACGAGCUGAUGGUGGAAUGGUUCACGUUGAUCAGGAACAAGCAGCUGGCCAUGCGGCGGGAGUCUGAGCUCGUCUACAUCGGUAAAACCCAAGACCUGGAGGAACAGCAGCCAAGUGUUGAGCAGGAGCUCCGGAAGCUUAUUGAAAAACCAGAGCAUCUGAAAACGGCGUUUGAACGCAAGCGAGAAGAAGAGCUGAUGAGCAAGUUGGUGGAGAUCGUCAACGGCCGCAAUGCCAUUGUAGAAGGUUUGGACGAAGACAGGCUUAGAGAGGAAGAGGAGGACCAGGAGCUGAACAAAUUGAUGGAGAAUUUUAGUGUAAAAAAAGACAAACCAAAGAAAAAGUCUUCCAUAUCCAAACUGUUCACCUGGGGGAGCAAGAAGGAGGCCUGACACCUGGCAGUAAACUCCUUUGCUGCCCUCUUGUGGUACUUUCAGUGUUACUCCUCCCUACCACUGACUCAAUGGACAACUUGUUGUGUACGUGUGUGUUCGUGUGUGUGUGUGUGUGUUGUCUUUCGCAGCAUGAGAAGUUAAUGACAUACUCGUGUUGAUGGCUUCAGUUCAUUUUAAUCCGCUUACACUCUUAAUCUACUUGAUAGAUAGAUAGAUAGAUAGAUAGAUAGAUAGAUAGAUAGAUAGAUAGAUAGAUAGAUAGAUAGAUAGAUAGAUAGAUCAUGGAACAUCUUUUUACCGACUUGUUUUUUUAAUUUUUAACUUGACAAAAAAAAAUCUGCUUUGUCAAAUCAGAUAUGGGCUAGCUGAUGUGAUCCAUAUUGGAUCUGAAAUAAUUUAAAAUGUGCGUAGGCUCUGAUGCAGCAUUUUCCAUGUUUACCGCCUGCUAAGUUGUAGUUAAACAUGGUAUUUAUUGUAUAUUUACCUUUUUAAUAAGAUUGGGGACGCUAAUAUUAAGAUGUAACUUGAAUAGGUUUUUAUCCUAAUAUGGUUAAACUGACCUGUGUUUGUAAUGUGCUAUGAUUUAUAUAUAAGUAAUAGUUAUGUUUCUGUCCUGGCUGGUGCUUGGAUCGGGUAUUGGUAAAAUAAAAACUAUGAGAGGAAAACAUA